UUUGGAGUUGAGCCACGCAGACGAUUCCUGCUUCUCAUCUUUUUUACAACUCUUUAUGUCCUCACGUUGGCUGAGAACAUCACCAUUAUUGCAGUUGUGUGCCUAGAUGGUCACUUGUCCCAGCUUCCCAUGUACAUCCUACUGAGGAACUUCUCCUGGCUGGAGAUGUGCUAUGUGACCACCACGGUGCCUCGGAUGCUCCUUGAUAUGGCUUCUUCUCAUGGAACUAUCUCCUUCCAUGCCUGCUUCAUUCAGUUCUACAUCUUCUUCUCACUUGGUAACACUGAAUGCUUUUUUCUAACAAUCAUGGCUUUGGACCGAUAUUUAGCUAUUUGUCACCCACUCCAUUACCCCCAAAUAAUGUCAAUAAAUUCCUGUCAUGCCAUGGUCGCUGCUUGUUGGGUUAUUGGCUUCCUCUGGUACCCCGUCCCCAUAAUUUUGAUCUCCAAGUUGUCUUUCUGUAGGCCUAGUGCCAUUGAUCAUUUUUUAUGUGAUCUUGGUCCAAUCCUGUCCCUGGCUUGCCCUCCACUUGGAAACGUGCCGUUUAUCUGUCAGAUCUUCAUGAAUGUUUUCUUUUUAGGCAAUGUCUCCUUCAUUGUCCUGUCUUAUGGCAUCGUGAUCUUCAAUCUGAUACAAACAUCUAGCCAAGGCAGUCACAAGAAGGCCGUUUCUACUAUAUCAUUCCACAUACCCCAGCCUGUCCCCGCCGCUUAA